AUGAUGGUCAAGGCAAUUGGCAAUAGACUGUACCGCGCCCCCGUAAGGAUGGAGCAGGCCCACCGCAUCCUAGACAUUGGGACGGGCACCGGAAUCUGGGCCAUAGCGAUGGGAGAUAUUUAUACAAACGCCGAGAUAACUGGUAUUGAUUUGAGCGCCAUCCAACCACAAUGGGUCCCCUACAACGUCAGAUUCGAGGUAGACGACAUCGAAAGCCCCUGGAUAGAAGGCAGAAAAUACGACUUCAUCAUGUGCAGAUACAUGGUGGCUUCGAUCAAGGAUUGGCCGGGCCUCGUCGAUAACAUUUAUGAUCACCUGAACCCCGGAGGUUGGGUCGAGUUCCAGGACGUCACCACCAAAUUCUACUCUGUCGACGGGACCUUCACGGACGAGCACGCGACGGCGCGGUGGAUGGACAGCUUCUCGGCAGCCUGUCUAGCCAUGGGUCGCGACACAACCGUGGCGCCGCGGCUUGGGGCCAUGCUCGAGGACGCCGGGUUCGAAAACACGCACUCGGAGUGCAUCAAGACGCCCCUCGGUCCAUGGGCCAGGGGCGGGCAUUUCAGGGAGCUGGGCAUGAUGAACUUGGUCCUGACACUCGACGGCCUGGAGGCCCUGUCGCUGAAGCUGUUCUCCGAGUUACUCAAGCGGACGGAGACCGAGAUCAUGGCGGAGCUUGCGGCAGUUCGUACCGAGCUCACGACCUGCAGCGGCGGCGCGUUCCACGCCAUGUUCGACAUGUGA